GCUACUAUACCCACGGUCAUGGCAUGCAUUUUCGGAUCAGUAUUCCUAAUAGACCCGUGGGGCGAGCAGAAGUAUUGAAAAGAUGAAAAUCAGAAUGGACUAGCUCAACGCAAGUUAGCGCACGUAAAUUCCUGACAAUAUAGCCUAAUGCUGUGACCUGAAAUAAGUGCGUGAGUUGUAAUUGACCUGUUCAAAUUACCGCUUCGCCCGGGCGUGCUCAUUCUUCUCGAGAGACGAAACGCGGUGACAGUCAUGAGGACGUUGUUUAUGUGGAGAUGAAAGCGACCAAUUGUACAAGAUGCAACGCGGGAUUAGCCAACCAUAAAGAAACCGUUUAUUUCGUUAUUGGCAUCAAUAACGGGAUCUGAUGUGUUGUGGCUACAAUAUUACCAAAUAUGUUUUUUCAACUGACAGCUAGAAUGCUAUUACAGUAGCAGUCGUGCAAGCAGCGCUUAAGGAAAAGCACUCGAUGACGGUGCGCUGGAAUAAGCGGGAUAGCUUGAAGGUGAAAAGGAGGAAACAUUAAAACAUUUUUCUUGAUGUCUUCAAGUGGACAGAAGAGGAGAUGUGGGGGAGCUGCGAUAGUGAGUAACAAACGAUGUACUGAGCGGACAGCAAGGAGAACUCAGACAGCGAGAGAAUAGGAAAACAUAACAGACAUAGAAGCAACUGGAUUUAUUUGAGAUCUGGGGUUGCGCAGCGAGCGUUGUCUGAGGCAUGGGCUGCGCUCCCAGUAUUCACGUCUCUCAGAGCGGGGUGAUCUAUUGCAGGGACUCGGACGAGUCCAACUCCCCUCACCAGACAACGACUAUAUCCCAGGGUACCGCUGCCACCCUCCACGGCCUGUUUAUCAAGACGGACGCGGCAGACACCAUACCUUCAGUUAUCGCUUAUCAGAGCAGGCACACACGAACCAAUUCGCACCGGGAGCGCAGAGAAAACAGCGGAGGGCAUAUCUGCAUCGAGGCCGAGACGCAGACGAGCCAUACCAGCGUUAAGGUCUCUUCCACAGAGGAAUGCAUAGGUCCAAUGCGACUGACCCAAGAGCCUAUUCAGGUCUUGCUGGUCUUUGCGAAGGAGGACAGCCAGAGCGACGCGUUUUGGUGGGCGUGCGACCGCGCGGGCUUCCGGUGCAACAUCGCCCGGACGCCGGAGUCCGCCGUCGAGUGCUUCCUGGACAAGCACCACGAGAUCGUCGUCGUUGAUGGAAGGCACUCCCGCUACUUUGAAGCCGAGGCAGUCUGCAGGUCAAUCCGUGCCACCAAGCCUUCUGAGCAUGCUGUCAUUUUAGCAGUGGUCCCGCAAAUACCACAGGAUCAGGAGGAGCCCUCUGUCCUGCCUCUUCUCAACGCAGGAUUCAGCAGAAGAUUUGUGGAGAACAGCACAGUCUCUGCCUGCUACAAUGAGCUCAUCCAGAUUGAACAUGGGGAGGUACGCUCACAGUUUAAACUGAGGGCCUGUAACUCAGUAUUCACUGCACUGGAACACUGCCAGGAGGCGGUAGAGAUCACCAGUGAGGACCAUGUCAUACAGUACGUGAACCCCGCCUUUGAGAAGAUGAUGGGGUACCACAAAGGGGAGCUCAUCGGCAAAGAGCUGAUGGAACUGCCAAAGAGCGACAAAAAUCGAGCCGACCUCCUGGACACAAUUAACACCUGCAUAAAGAAAGGCAAGGAGUGGCAGGGCAUUUACUAUGCGAGGAGGAAGUGUGGCGACAGCAUUCAGCAGCAUGUUAAAAUCACCCCUGUCGUCGGCCAAGGAGGGAAAAUCCGACAUUUUGUGUCAAUCAAGAGACCACACAGUGACAACAAUAAACAGGUGCACAAGAUCAGCCGGGAUGAAAGACACAGUGGAGAAAAUUCGCAAUCAGAAUGCCAGUCCCUGCGUCACAAGGACAGGAGGAAAGAGUCUGUUGACGUCAGGUCCAUCAGCUCCCGGAGCAGCGACGGUACGGGCGCUAUCUCCGCCUCUCCUCGGCCAGCGGAGCAGAGGAGGCCUCCCACUCCGAGUUUACAGAAUCGCAGGUACUCUUCCAUGGCCAGGAUCCAUUCGAUGACAAUAGAGGCACCGAUCACAAAGGUUAUAAACAUCAUCAACGCGGCCCAGGAGAGCAGCCCGGUGACGGUUGCCGAGGCCCUGGACCGGGUUCUGGAGAUCCUGAGGACCACCGAGCUGUACUCGCCCCAGCUGGCCUCCAAAGAGGACGACCCCCACACCAAUGACCUCGUGGGGGGGCUCAUGAGUGACGGUUUACGACGACUCUCUGGGAACGAAUACGUCUUCUCAAAAAAUAUCUCCCAGAGUCAGCUGGCCAUGCCUGUCACCCUUAACGACGUCCCGCCCUCCAUCGCGGAGAUGCUGGACGGGGAGGAUCACUGGGAGUUUAACAUCCUGGAGCUGGAGGCUGCUACCCACAAGAGGCCCUUGACCUACCUCGGUUUGAAAAUCUUCGCACGUUUCGGCAUCUGCGAGUUCCUUAACUGUACGGAGGCCUUGUUGCGGUCCUGGCUCCAGGUCAUCGAGGUCAACUACCACUCCUCCAACUCCUACCACAACUCCACGCACGCCGCGGACGUGCUCCACGCUACAGCUUACUUCCUGCGCAAGGAGAGGGUCAAGGGCAGUCUGGAUCAGAUGGACGAGGUGGCGGCGCUGAUCGCGGCCACCGUGCAUGACGUGGACCACCCGGGCCGCACCAACUCCUUCCUGUGCAACGCGGGCAGCGAGCUGGCCAUCCUGUAUAACGACACGGCCGUGCUGGAGAGCCACCACGCCGCCCUGGCCUUCCAGCUGACCGUGCGCGACAGCAAGUGCAACAUCUUCAAGAACAUGGAGAGGACUCAGUUCCGCACACUGAGGCAGUCCAUCAUCGACAUGGUGCUGGCCACGGAGAUGACUCGCCACUUUGAGCACGUCAACAAGUUUGUCAACAGCAUCAACAAGCCAAUGGCAGCCAUGGAGGAGUCCAGCUCCAAUAGUGACGGCAGUGACUGCGAGGGCCCCGCCAGCAUCAGGAACUCGCCGGAGAACCGGCUGCUCAUCAAGCGCAUGAUGAUCAAGUGCGCGGACGUGGCUAACCCGUGCCGCCCGCUGGAGCUCUGCAUCGAGUGGGCCGGGCGCAUCUCCGAGGAGUACUUCGCCCAGACUGAUGAGGAGAAGAGGCAGGGUAUGCCCGUGGUCAUGCCUGUCUUCGACCGGAACACCUGCAGCAUUCCCAAGUCUCAGAUCUCCUUCAUUGACUACUUCAUCACGGACAUGUUCGACGCCUGGGAUGCCUUUGCCAGCCUGCCUGGACUGAUGGAGCACCUUUCAGAGAACUACAAGUACUGGAAGAGUUUGGACGAGAUGAAGUGCAAGAGCUUGAGACCCCCGCCACCCCCAUGACCCC